AUGUAUGCAUGGAUUUUAUUAAUUGUAUUUACGAGUAGUACUAUUGCUCAAAAUCUGAAUACAUUUGGUAUUGGCCUUUCCAGUCAUUGGUUGUAUUCCAAAGAGACCGAACUGUUUAAUUAUACGCUUUCAGAAAAUUCAUCCUUUGGUGUUCUCACUCAUUUCUGGACAACUGGUGACCCAGCAAUCGAUGAAUCUAUUUUUUCGUACUAUGUCGAUGAAGAAAGUGUGCCAUCAAUACAAUUUGUAACUUAUAUGUUAGUUGGGGCUGGCUUCAAUGAUCAAACAACACCAUGGGGCACGAAAUGGAUUGGUAAAGGAGCGAAAUAUGGUGGUUGGUAUAAUAAUUUUCGAGUUCCAUUUCAAAGAUCCAUACGAAUAACGGGUAAAUUACCGUCAACAAAAAAUAAUCGAAAAAUGAUUUGGAUUAUAUUACGUGGUACAGAAAAUUUGCCGACAAAUUUUUAUGGUUUUCAACUUCCAUCGAAUGCUCGUUUAGUUCUACAUAAAAUUGAAAAUCAAACAUUUCAUCCGAUAUCAUGGGUGCCUCUUGUUGAUAUACCAAGCGGUCAAGGCCUUCUGUUUGCACAUACAUUAGCUGUUAUUAGUGGCAAUUUAAAUUUUCUCGAAGGCUGUUAUCAUGCGUAUACAAAAUAUCAAGACGAAUUUCCAGGUUUAAUUGUAUCAACAGGCACAGAAGAUUAUUUUGAUAGUGCUUUUUAUUUUAAUGCUGGACAAUAUCAUAAUGAAAUAUCGGGUUAUACACAUUAUAAAGAAUUAUCAAAUAAUGUAUAUGAAUGGUCAGCGUAUCGUGUACAUGAUCUAGAUCCAAUAUUUUUCACGAAUGGUUUUCGAUUUCAUUGGCGAAAUGGUGAUGUUAUUGAUGAAAAUGGAUAUAAAUGUAUUCUUAAUCAAGGUGGAAGCAUCGUUGGAGCACCUACUCAAUCAAUAGUAACAUCAUAUACAUGGACUUAUAUUUGGUAG